GUCGUAUAGCAUUUUUCCAGUCAUCAUCCCAAAACAACUCUAGCCAACUCCCAUUACUUAACUCGGGUUAAAAUAAACAAGCGCGAUUCAUUUAACGCGAUCAAUUCACUUCUGUACUGAAAUUGCUCUCCUAACUGGUAUUUUUAUUGCUGUUUUUUAUAUAUAUAAACGAAAAAAAUGAAACAUAGUCGGAAAAAAGUUUCUUACUUUUAUGAUGCUGAUGUCGGAAACUUUCAUUAUGGUCCACAACAUGUCAUGAAGCCUCAUCGAGUGAGAAUGGUCCACAAUCUGGUUGUUAAUUAUGGUUUACACGAAAAGAUGAACGUAAUUACUCCAUUUCGGGCAACAAAAGACGACAUGACAAGAUGCCAUACGGAUGAAUAUAUUGACUUUCUUUAUCGUGUCACGCCGGACACAAUGGAUAAAUUUCAGACACAUCAAUUGAAGUUUAAUGUUGGUGACGAUUCUCCUGUUUUUGAAGGUAUUUUUGAGUUUUGCUCUAUCUCGGCAGGCGGCUCAAUUGGUGCUGCUCAAGAACUCAAUUCCGGAGACACGGACAUCGCUGUUAAUUGGGCUGGUGGUCUGCAUCAUGCCAAGAAACGUGAGGCCUCUGGCUUUUGUUAUGUAAACGAUAUUGCUCUCGCUAUUUUAGAGCUGCUUAAGUUUCGACAAAGAGUACUAUACAUUGAUAUUGAUGUGCACCACGGUGAUGGUGUCGAAGAAUUCUUUUACACAACGGAUCGUGUAAUGACAUGUUCGUUUCACAAAUUUGGCGAAUUCUUUCCGGGAACUGGUCAUAUUAAGGACACUGGUAUCGGAAAGGGAAAAAAUUACGCUGUGAAUGUCCCACUUCGUGAUGGAAUCACUGAUGAAACUUAUGCUAGCGUAUUCAGACCGGUUAUUAGCCAUAUCAUUCAAUGGUUCCGACCAGAAGCAAUUAUUCUCCAAUGCGGUACAGACUCUCUUGCUGGAGAUCGUCUAGGAUGUUUUAAUCUUUCCAUGAAAGGUCAUUCUGACUGUGUACGCUUUGUGAAGAGUUUUGGUAUUCCGAUGAUUUGUGUUGGCGGCGGAGGAUACACAGUGAGAAACGUUGCGCGUGUAUGGACAUAUGAAACGGGUAUUCUUGCUGGAGAAGACUUACCCGAAGAUUUACCCUAUAAUGAUUACUUGCAGUAUUUUGGUCCUGAUUACAAAUUGAAUGUCUUAGCAAACAACAUGGAGAACCACAACUCACGGCAAUACUUGGAUUCUAUUAUUGCCGAAGUCGUAGACAAUCUGCGCAAUAUCUCUUUCGCUCCCAGUGUCCAAAUGCAAGACGUUCCCAAAGAACUGGAGUUCAGCGAAAAAGAAAAACGGGAAGCUGAAGCAGACGAUGUUAUGGAUGAAAGAGUCUAAACAGUGUAUUUGAGUAAUUGCUUUGAAGAAAUACUAGCUUUUGCGUACAGAGAACAAUACGAGUUUAUAACCAAACAUGUUCUCACAGCUUAUACCAGAUGUGACAAGCACUGCUACAUAAAUCGCUGAUGCUACUACCCAUUCACUCGUGCUUCUCACACAAGUUAAAGACAACUCUUGCAGUAAUUUCGUUCGAAAAAAUGAAUCUAGUCUUAUUCGGCUUAAGGCCACAAGUUAAAGAUGUUGACGUAUACAAAAAGGGAAUUAUUCCUAACAUGUCUAGCAUGCCGUCGGGAAGGUGUAAAUGGCGAAUCAAAUGAAAACGAGUCUUAUGAGAGAACAACAUGAACGUGAGUCACUGGCACAAAGAAGGGCGAGCUUUAGCCCUAUUCAGCAGCAAACCCCAAUAGCCUUCUCAGAAACCAUGUAAGGUGAAGGUCAUCUAAGGGAGACAAACAAAUUUUUUGUAGUCCUCGGGGAGAGUAUCGUAAAGGCCUCUUCCCUCAAGAUAGCUCUUGCUGAAGACGCGAGGAGCAUACUUGUGAGCACUGUCAGGAAUAACAGUAACGAUGGUCUUACCGGGACCAAGCUCCUUAGCAAUGCGGUAAGCGGAGCUGAUGUUGACGGCGGACGAGCCACCAACGAAAAUUCCAUCCUCAAGCAUAAGACGAUACAACAUGGCAAGGGACUCAGAGUCAGGAAUAGAGUUAGCGGCAUCAAGAAUGUCAUAAACUCUGCUCAUGUUGCCGGUGAUACGACCUUGGCCAACACCCUCGACAUAAGUGUCACCCUCAAUAACGGGGUUCUUGCCCUUAGUCAUGAAGUGACUGUAGACCACACUUCCAGGGGGAUCAGCAACGACAGCUCUCAUACGGCCAUCGGUCUUCUCCUUCAGGUAGCGAGUAACACCAGCAAGCGUACCAGCGGUACCAGUGGCACAAGUGAAAACGUCAAUGUUACCACCAGUUUGCUCCCAAAUUUCGGGACCGGUAGUCUCAUAAUGGGCACGGAAGUUGGCUGGGUUGUCGAAUUGAUCCGUCCAUACAGUAUUAGGGUGGGUCUCGGCGUAACGACGAGCUUGAUGGUUGAAGUUCUCAGGAUCAGAGUAAGGAACAACAGGCACACGCUUAACCUCAGCACCCAAGCAGCGCAUAGUAUCAACCUUGGCUUGUGCCAUAAUGUCGGGCAUGUAAGCAACACAGUUGUAACCACGAGCACGAGCAGCGUGAGCCAAACCAAUACCAGUGUUACCAGCAGUACCCUCAACAACGGUACCACCACGCUUCAAGGUACCCUUCUUCUCGGCAUCUCUAAUGACAUACCAAGCGGCACGGUCCUUGAUACUGCCACCGGGGUUGAGAAACUCAGCCUUGGCAAGAAUGUUACAGCCAGUCUCUUCAGACAAGCUGUUCAAGCGAACAAGAGGAGUUCUUCCAAUAGCGCCAAUAAAGCCAUCGGCAACCUUGGGGAAUGAUUUCACGGCGUUUUUCAACAUGUUGUAGUAGUUGUUUUGUAGAGUGUAAUGAGAAGUCUCGAGAAAAUACAAAAGCUUUUAAGAGAAAUGCG